AUGAAACGUUUUCUUAAGAUCAUCUUUGGAUCAUUUUCAUUAUUUAUUGCAUUGAUUGCUGUCGGAUUGGGUUAUCUAAAAACGAAUACUAUCGCUCGACAGAAAUUUUUCGCUGGAUUUUUGAAUAAAAUCUCCGAUGAAAAUAAUACAGCCAUGAUGGCUCUUCGAUGCAAUGAAGUUCUUAGCCAUUCACGAAUUCAUGGCCAUGUUUUAGAAAUUGGUGCCGGUACGGGAAUCAAUUUAGCAUGUUUACAUAACAAUACACGUAUUAUUGAUUAUAUCGGUAUGGAACCGAAUACACACAUGUAUUCUUAUAUUCAAACUGCUAUAAAACAAUGGAAUGUUCCGUUUGAAGUGCGCUUAUCAAGUAAUUCAGCUACGGCCAUGACCGAUGUCGAAUCGAAUAGUAUUGAUACGAUCAUAAUGAUAUUUGUACUUUGUAGUGUACCCGAUCCAUUAUCUAAAGAACUUCUUAUUGAAGCACACCGUGUUUUGAAAUCGGGUGGCGAACUACAUUUAUUAGAACAUAUUGCAGCGGAUUCAAAUAUGAAACCAAUGAUGUAUGCAUUUCAGAGAUUUAUUGAACCCGCUUGGACUAUUAUUGGUGAUGGUUGUCGUUUCAAACCGACAACAAAUUAUUUAGAUCAAAUGAAAACAAUCUAUACAAAAGUUUCUUACCAAAAGAUCGAAAUACCUAUUCCAAUUAUUGUUGCCAGAGAUGGUAUCAAAGGAGUGCUCACCAAGUGA